AUGUCCGCCGAAUACUCAGCCGAGGAGCAUGCCAAAGCCUGGGCAACCUACUACGCCCAACAGGGCUACACAACCGACCAAGUCCUCGCCGUCACUGGAUUCGACCCCAACACCGGCAAGUUUCACGGCACGCCCGCCCCUACGGCUUCUGGGUCGGGGUAUGACCCCGCCGCGGUCGCGGGAUUGGAUAUGACCCAAGCAGGGAUGUACGAUCCGAGCGCGCUGGGUGCGGAGGGCAGCGGGACUGCGCCCAAGCCCAAGAAGGUGGCCAGUGGGAAGAGGGAGACUGUUAUUCGGAAAGGAGGUGGGAAGGUCUGGGAGGAUACGACGCUGGUGGAUUGGGAUCCAAAGUGGUACAGGCUGUUUGUGGGCGAUGUCUCGAAUGACGUGAAUGAGCGGACGCUGGAUAAUGCCUUCAACGCCUAUCCGACAUAUUGCAAGAGCAAGGUCAUCAGAGAUAGGCUGAGUCUCAAAGCCAAAUAUGCCUUUAUCGCCUUCAAAGACCCAGAAGAUUUCCUGAGAGCGUGGAAGGAGAUGGACGGCAAAUACGUCGGGCAAAGGCCAAUUCGCCUAAUGAAAGUCAAAGACGACAAGUAUGGCGGGAUUGCGACAUCGAACGUCUCGGCACGAAAAGCCAAGGAGCUGGACAAGCUCAAGAAGAACAAGGGGAAACCAUUAGAUGGUCGGCCAACGCCAUAUUGA